AAGUGUCUUCAUGGACCCCGUGACGUUGGCCGUGGAGCUAAGACCACUGGGUGAUGGUUUAAGGAAGAUAAUGUGCAAACGGCUAAGGACUGACUGUCAGUGGAAGUCAGGGGUGCAGGGGAAAGUGGAUAAACAGCCAGAGGUCACCUUGGACUUUGUACAUAGGACAUGAUGCCAGGGCCCUGCCGGGAAGUGCAGAUCGAAGCUGGGCUCACGAGAAGGUUGGGGGUGGGGUGUGGGGCUGGCCCAGGGCAGGGGUUGGAGAGGCAAGGGACAGACAUGGACUUUCUGGGCUGGGCUCCGUGACUGCACAGUAGACUCUGGCCUGGGACUUGGUGGUGCUGCCCUUGGCCUCCCACAGUCUUGCCACCCCGCCACCGCCACCAUGCUGCCCCCUGGGACUGCAAUCCUCUUGACUCUGCUCCUGGCCGCCGGCUCACUGGGCCAGAGGCCUCGGAGGCCUCCCCAGCGCCCAUCCCCCAUCAGCACCAUCCAGCCCAAGGCCAAUUUUGAUGCUCAGCAGUUUGCAGGCACCUGGCUCCUUGUGGCUGUGGGCUCCGCCUGCCGAUUCCUGCAGGAGCAGAACCACCGGGCUGAGGCCACCACACUGCAUGUGGCUCCCCAGGGUGCAGCCAUGGCUGUCAGCACCUUCCGAAAGCUGGAUGGGAUCUGCUGGCAGGUGCGCCAGCUCUACGGAAACACAAAGGUCCCUGGCCGCUUCCUGCUUCAAGCCCGAGGCGCCCGAGGGGCCGUGCACGUGGUUGUUGCUGAGACUGACUACCAGAGUUUCGCUGUUCUCUACCUGGAGCGGGCAGGGCAGCUGUCGGUGAAGCUGUACGCCCGCUCCCUCCCUGUGAGCGACUCCGUUCUGAGUGGGUUUGAGCAGCGGGUCCGGGAGGCCCACCUGACUGAGGACCAGAUCUUCUUUUUCCCCAACUAUGGCUUCUGCGAGGCUGCAGACCAGUUCCACGUCCUGGAUGCCUCAGGUCAAGAAGCAUGGGACUGAAGUGAUAUUGGAAAAGAGGUGACCCUAAGGCAAGAUGCUCUAAGCCCUCUGUCCCGCCCGCAUAAGGGCUGCUGCAGGGCGCCUCGGCUGUGCCACAGUGUCAGCGCUGGGAAAGCGCCCGCUGUUUAGCC